CUCAGACCGGGGAAAGUUGUUUCCUGAAGUUGACACCGAGCUGAUCAUUUCCACACCUAAACUCUGCUGCUUCUGCUGCACAACAUGACUCGUACAGGUUUUGGUUUUUUUUUGAUGGAUGCGUGUUUUCUUUAUCGUCAGGUGAAGUGUGUCUGACGACGUUAUGAGCUCCGACAGUGAAGACACAGAGGCGAGCCUGAAGGCCCAGCUAGCCGAGUGCCGAGCUCAGGUCGAACACUGGCAGGGCGUGGCGACGAUCUGCGAGCUGAGCAAACAGGAGGAACUGGCAGAGCUGCAAAAACAAUGUGAUCAAGAGAUCCAGUCUCUGCAGGAGGCUCUCAGAGAGACAGCAGCGCAGUAUGAAGCCAGGAUAUCUGUCCUCCAGUCUCAGCCUGUGGAGUGGAGGAGAGCCAGUGGGCAGAACGUGAUCAGUGGAAGAAAAGGCCGGAUGGACGCAGAAGUCAACAGUAAUGAAUCCCCGACACCGGUCACCAACAGCCUGACAGAAGCCGAGGCUGCGACGGACAAGAGGUCCAACCAGCCGUCAGAGCUCGAGGCGGUGGCAGAGGGAGAAGGAGCGCCGCUAUCAUCAGAAGCAUAUUUUUCACUGAGGAACUGCGACUCGGCCUCUUUGUCCUCCUUCUCCUUAGACACGCCCUCUCUGCCCAGAAAACUCCACGCUCAGGACGACACCGACUCUCUGGUGUCCACAGGAACUCUGGUGCCUGAAGCCAUCUACCUGCCGCCGGCCGGACACCGGCUGGUCACGCACGGCGACUGGGAUGCACUCAAUGCUCAGGUGUCUGAGCUGCGAGGUGAAGUGAGUCGUCUGCAGGCGGAGAAGGAGGAGCUGGAGAAAGAACUUGACACGCAGACCAACCACACACACAAACAGGUGUCAAUGCUCCAGGCUCAAGUCCACACUUCAGAGGCCCUCCUCCAGGACUUGCAUAAAUCUUUUAGCCAAUCACAGACCGCUGUCCAGAGUCGGCUGGCGGAGCUGUCCUUUUCCCAGAGGAGGGUUUGCAAUGAGCUGUCCAGACUGAAAGGAGAGGAGGUCGAGGAUGAUCAGCCAGACUCCAGCUCAUCAUUCUCAGCAACGCUGCAGGGAGCGCACAAUGAGGAACGUCUUCGCAUUGAAAUCGUCAACCUACGGGAGCAGCUUGACAACCGGACAGAAGAAAAUGAAGUUUUAGAAGUGCAGCUGUCCAGUCUGAAGACGGAGACGGAGAGGAUCCAGGCUCAGAAGGACCAGUUGCAGGCUGAAUUACUGGCCUGCCGCACUGAACUGGAAGCCCUGCGGGUGGCACUGUCUCAUGUGCAGAGCACCAACAAGACUCUCACUAAUGAUAAAGCGGCUCUGCAUCAACAGUGUCUGGAGCUACGAAGCCAAGUGAUCAGUCUGCGCUCUCAGGUCGACACCAGCCAGACUGUACAGAGAGACUUCGUCCAGCUCUCCCAGUCGCUGCAGGUGAAGCUGGAGGUAAUUCGGCAGGCGGAGAGUCUUGAACAAGUCAGAGAAAUCCUGGAGGGGGGAGUCAGUGAAGCUGGUUCAUCGCCUGCAGACGCCUCGUGAGUUACACAGUCACG